AGAUCUCGAUCUAAUUGCCUCUCUCUUUUUCGUUAGCAAUUUCGAAAACAUUUACAAACAAAAGUUAUUGUGCGCAGGACAUUAUAAUGUCCAUCAAUUUAAAGUAAACUUUUGUUUUGUAAACAUGCUUUUGGUAUUUCAGUGAGAGUGAAUUAAAUCUAGAUAUGGUCAUCUUGCUUACUCACUCUCAUAGAAUAUUUUGAAAACUUGUUUACAAACAAAAGUUAUUGUGCGCUGCUCAUAAUAACUUAUAUUAUAAAAUUUGCGAAACUUUAUAUGAAAGUGAGCUAGAUGAUUAUCUAGGUUUCAAACAAGAUUUUCAAACACGUGUUCACAAAACACAAGUUAUUGUGCGUUUGAAAUAAAGGCAUCUACUAACUAGAAGCAAUUUCUUUUAAAAAAAAAUGCUUUUUAAAGAAAAUUUCCCCUAUCCUUGUAGGCAGAAACGUCAGAAUUUAAAAAAAAGCAAUUUUUGACGAAAAUUGCUUCUAUUGUGUAGACACAAUAAUGGAUAACGAUUUGCAAAAUUCAUUACAUGUUUUUUAUGUGAAUUUUCUCAAUUUAAUGCUACUAUCAAAUAAUAAAUCUGGUGACAUUCUAUUAGAUGUGUGCUACACAGUAAAAAAAAAGAGAUUACAAGGAUAAUCGUUGAUCUGCUUUUCUACCACAAUUAUUCUUGUAAAGUUACUCAAAUAUGUAUUUCAGAAAAACGUGUAGUCUGAAUCUGAAAAUAUGUAAUAUAAAUUUUUGUAAUGGUAAACUGUGUAACAAUCUGCGAGUGAUUACACAGUUGUACACAUUUUCAUUACAUUAUUCCGUGUAAAAUUACACGGUUUUCUGACAAAAUGUGUACAAAGUACACAAAUGUGUAUUACUAUACACGAUUACAUGUUUAUGUAAAAUUUACAAUGAAAAUCAUGGUAAAGUAGCUGAUGUUUUUACUGUGUAAUUAAUUAAAGUAAAUUAAAUGAUCUAAAUAUAAGCCUGCAUGUGGGACCCAAUUUAGUAUUUUUUUCUGUAAAUUAUCUAUAUGAUAUCGUGAAUAGAGAUUCUUUAUUCUAUCUCGAAACUUUGUUUAUUUAAUUGAUUUUUUUAAAUACACAGAAAAAGACCUUUUAGAAUAAAAUAUAUGAUAUCACUAUACUCGCCCUUAGUCCAAUUAUUUGGUAAUAUUUUGGUGAUCAAUUCUUAUUCCAUGUGCAAUAAAACUUGGAUUUGGUUUUGUGUCGAUUUUUUUUUCUUUUUACAAAUCUUGGCUACAUUGAUAUUUAAAAUAGCCGAUACUGUAGUCCGUAUAGGAGACCGGGAAAAAAUUAGCCACAUAUAGUGUUAGAUAGUGGUAUCUUAUAAUUUGCUUUCGAAGGAAUAUUGAGGAAACCAUUCUUUAUUCUAAAUAUAUACUUCCCUUACUAUUCAUUGAAAUAUUUAUCAUCCACAUACAAACAUGUUUUGCACAAAUUGUACACAAUGAAAAAUUUCAUUUAGUGGCUAAUCUACCCCGGUCUCCCCUAUUCUCCCAAAAAUUACAUUGAGCAGGUAGAAAGUCAACUUUCUGUUUCCUUUUAAAGUCUCAGGAGAUCAAGCACGCUGCGAAUUUUACUUUACCAUUAUUUCUCAUAAUAACAUGUUAGAUGAUGCGAGUGAUAUGGAAACUUAAUGUCGGGCAUUUGGAAGUUGAGGGUUACUUGAGGGGUAUAGAAGAACUUCCAAUUCACAUAUACAUACAUCGAUAUCACUUGUUUGCGUUCCUGGCCGGUUAAAUGUUUUCGUGAAAAUUUCUCCUCCUGAAAGAACUGUUGAGAAAUUGACGAAAGUGUAAAGCUUUUUGGGCGGCUCCAGUAAAGAGAAUAAAUAUAAUUAAAAAAAGGUCUUUUUUCCGGGUUAUUUUUUAAAGGAAAUUUUCGUUUUUGAUAUAGUGCGCUUUAAUGAACUUCAAGUGACAUUUUUUUUUUUAAAUCUUGAAAAAAUGAUGUGAUAAAUAAGGGCGUAAACUGAGAAAAAUCAAGGUUUUCGAGAUAUUACCUGUAGAUUUUUCUUCGUUCUCGUCCUUUUAAAGACUAAAAAAAAAUCAUGUGUAUAAAUAUAAGGGAGGGUGCAUAAAGCUCAAAGCUAUGAAAGAAAUUGACGUGCAAUAUUUUCAAGGAAAAAUUCUAUAUAGUCUUAGAAAAUCCUGCAAAAGGCGCGGUUGUCGUCAUCAUGGUAUGAUUCAACCACUAUGGCACUUUAACGCAACGCAACUCCGGCACAUACACUCGUGGAAACUCAUUGGAAAAGUUGUCGAGUGUGUAUUGUGCAUAGUUAUAGACUGGAAUUGAAUAUAUAUACAGUUUUUACUUUCUAUAUAUUACAAAGAGGGUGAGGAUAAAAUUGUAGAUGUGAGUGUGAAUUGUGGAAAUCGUUAGGAAAACUCUCUGUAUUGAGAGGAUUGAGAGUGUGGAAAAGAAAGAGGAAAAUGGCGGAGAGUUCCGUGAAAAUUUCACGUUCACUGUUAAGUUUCAUGUGAUUUGUUAGUCAUGGGCAAUGAAAAAAAUGUGUAAAUUAAAAGGUGUACAAGCGUGCGUGAUUGCUUAAAAGAAAAGUAAACAAUUUGUAUUGUUAAAGUGAACCUGACAAAAGUGUUUGAGAAAAUCGCUGAAAAAAGCUUUUAGAUUCAGAAAGGAGAAUUAUGUUCAGCAAUUUUUUUACAUUGUGGGUGUGUUUUUUUUAAAAAAAAAAGUGAAUUCAACGUUUUUUCAACUGUAGAAACUGAAAAUAUAACUGAAAAGACCUAUCUUCAAUUUUUGAUUUAAAAGAAAGUUAAAGUGUAAGUGGAAAAGAAAGUUGUUAUCGGAUCAUUUUUCUUGCACUAUCACGGACUUUCGGCCAAAUUAAUUUUGGCCGAAACCCAACAAGACGUUCAAGACGUUCUGCAUCGAAGCAAUACGUACAAUGGGGUGUGCACAAUCAGCUGAAGAGCGUGCAGCAGCCGCUCGCAGUCGGUUAAUUGAACGCAACCUCAAAGAAGAUGGAAUUCAAGCUGCUAAAGAUAUCAAACUUCUACUGCUUGGGGCUGGCGAAUCAGGAAAAAGUACAAUCGUUAAACAGAUGAAAAUUAUUCACGAAAGUGGCUUUACGUCUGAAGACUUCAAACAGUAUCGACCAGUCGUGUACAGCAACACAAUACAAUCACUAGUUGCAAUUUUAAGGGCGAUGCCCAAUUUAAAUAUUCAAUAUGGCAACAAUGAGCGGGAGAGUGAUGCAAAGAUGGUAUUCGAUGUUGUUCAAAGGAUGCACGAUACGGAACCUUUCUCAGAGGACCUGUUAGCGGCUAUGAAAAGAUUAUGGCAAGACUCCGGUGUACAAGAGUGUUUCUCAAGAAGCAACGAAUAUCAAUUGAACGAUUCUGCAAAAUAUUUUCUUGAUGACUUGGAUAGAUUGGGCGCUAAAGAUUACCAACCAACAGAGCAAGAUAUCCUUCGAACUAGAGUUAAAACCACUGGAAUAGUUGAAGUACACUUUUCAUUCAAAAACUUAAAUUUCAAAUUAUUUGAUGUAGGAGGACAGAGGUCGGAACGAAAGAAGUGGAUUCAUUGUUUUGAGGAUGUUACCGCAAUUAUCUUCUGCGUAGCCAUGUCAGAAUAUGAUCAGGUGUUGCAUGAGGAUGAAACUACGAAUCGUAUGCAAGAAUCACUGAAAUUGUUCGAUUCAAUCUGCAAUAACAAAUGGUUCACAGACACUUCAAUUAUCCUGUUCUUAAAUAAGAAAGAUCUAUUUGAGGAGAAAAUACGCAAGAGUCCACUGACAAUCUGUUUCCCCGAAUACACAGGUGGACAAGAAUAUGGUGAAGCUGCAGCAUACAUCCAAGCACAGUUCGAGGCUAAAAAUAAAUCAACAUCAAAAGAGAUCUACUGUCAUAUGACAUGUGCCACGGAUACGAACAAUAUUCAAUUUGUGUUUGAUGCAGUCACUGACGUUAUCAUAGCGAAUAACCUUAGGGGCUGUGGUCUCUAUUAAAACGUUUUCAAACUAUAAAAACAACUAUAGAAAUUAAUUAGAAGAUAUGAAGACGAUUUAAGAAAAAAAAAACACUACAUAAUUCAACACACACCACACUAAAAAUACUUUUCAUAAACACAUAAUAUGAAAUGAAAUGGAGAACAAAACCUAAGUUACACAGAGAAAACUACUAUUAACCAAAAAUGAAGAAAAAUCUACGUAUUAAAAAAAAGAGAUAUAUUGAUGGAUGAGAAAAAACGAUGAAAUAUUGUUCAUCUGUAAUUGAUUUAGAGUAUUAACUAGUUAAAAGUCUAGAGAAUAUUUAAAAAAAAAACAAUGAGACGAGAAAACUAAACUACAGUGAAAAAAUUAAAACAACAGUGAAAUAUGAAUGUGAAGAGGUCGUAAUAAUUUUUUUCUGUUAUUUGUGUGCAGAUUUUUCUUUUAAUCAAAAAAUAUUUUUAAAAAAAAACUGUACAACUUAUAUUUCUUCAACAAGAAGAAGUAAAACUAUUUUUUUUAUUUAUUUCUAACAUUCCUUUCUUGAACAUUGCAUUUUUAAUUUAUUAUUUAUUUUGCAUAGAGCAAUAUAAUGAAAUUUAGACAGAGGAAAACGAUAUAUAAAUGAACGAUAGAAGCAUUUAAGAACGUGAAAUUUGUAGAUGAAUGAAGAAAAUCAUAUAACAUAUACAGUUUAAGUGAAACCAACAGAUGGAAUUUACAUCUUAUAGAAGAUCUUUAAAUUUUACUUUAUAUUUUUUUUAUAUCAUUUGCUUUUCCCAUUGUAAUUGAGAGAUUUCUGUUCAGGAGAAAAAUACAUUUAGCAACUCGAAACCUCACAAA